GCCGGAGGGGUUGGAGCCCAGAGAGGAGCAUCAGAUGAUAGCAGCGCCGGAGGGGAUGGAGCCCAGAGAGGAGCAUCAGAUGGUAGCAGCGCAGGAGCGGAUGGAGCCCAGAGAGGAGCAUCAGAUACCUAUUCUGACCUCUUCUAGUUCGGAUCCGAAGUAUAAACGGAGGCACUGUAAGAAGUUUUACUGUAAGAAGUUUUACACUGAGGAGGGCUGCCCGUAUGGAGACACGUGUACUUUUCUGCAUGAUGAGCAGUCAAAGGCUCGGGAGAGUGUGGCGAUUAGUCUGUCGCCUACAGUUGGAGGUGGUGGAUAUGACGGUGGACCGAAUGCGUCGAAUCAGAGGCCUUCGAGUUGGAAAACUAGGAUCUGCAACAAGUGGGAGGUAGCUGGGUAUUGUCCGUAUGGCAGCAAGUGUCAUUUUGCUCAUGGGGCCGCAGAACUUCACAGAUAUGGUGGGGGGCUUGUGGAGAUGGAAGGCAGAGAUGCUUCUUCAGUAGCCACAGAUUCGAACCAGGCUGGGGCAUCAACAAGGGCUCCUGCAGACACUGUUGUUGCAUCCAUGACAUCAGUUCCUCAUGCAGAUGUUUAUCACCGGAGAGGUCCUUCACAGAGGUCAACUGUUGUCGGUCAGAGGCAGGGGCUUGGUCAGGGUCAGAGAGUUCGGAAAUCGAAAUGGCCAGACAAGAUCAAAGGGAUAUAUGGCGACUGGAUUGAUGAAAGUGAAUAGACCCAUACGUGCCGAUAUAGCAGGGCAUCUGGAUGGAAAAAUAAUAAGUGUAGUCAUCUCUACUAAUUGCAUGCUGGAACGUAUUGUUGUAGUCUUUAUAUCAUAAUUGCAGUGAUACUGGUCAGCAAUAGAAGGGAAGUGCCUUCACAAGGACUUCAGCGCAAAGAAGGGGAACCCAUAAUCUGUCAUCAUUGAUGGACUAUGGUCGGCUUGUAGUAGACAACGAGGACCUUCUCUAGUGCACGGACUCCUUUGUAAAUUCUACACGGGUCGGGUGAGGAAGGUACUCAGCUAUGCCUUCCACACUUUCGAAAGUUGAU